UCUCCACAAUAAUCGUCUGUCAUGGCGGAUGAUUUGAAAAAUAACAAUAAUAUAUAUGGGAAAGAUCAAUUUCUGCUUAGGAAUUACUUAUGUCAAAAUAAAUUGCCACCUUCUUUAUAUACUUUCAUAAUUAUACAAAACGCGAAUAAUUUAAAUCAAACCUAACUGCAAGGUCAGUUUUAUUAUUUUACAAUUCGUUUCAAGGUUGACAGGCAGGACAAGCAACUGAAAUGGACUCUAUAACAUUUGAAGAGUUGUCUGAGUUCUUCAAGACCAAACUGAAAACUGCCAGCAAGCUAUUGGAGCAACGUGAUUUCAUGGAAGAUGACACCUGCAUACAGGAAUAUAAGGUGGUGAAAGAAGACAUUAAGCAGCUGUGCAUCACACUUUCCAUUUUGCAGUUGAAUUUAGGAAAAGAAGCAGAAAAACUGGAAAAGAUUCAGAUGUAUAACCGUGAUAUGUCAAAGUUACGCGAGCAUCUUCGUUACAUGGUGAGCAAUGUACCAGAGAGGCUACCGAAGUCUUCGAAGAAACAAGACACUGUAGAACACGUGCCAAGCCAGGGGAAGGUGUCAAGUGCCUAUGUGAAUAGUACAAGCAGUCAUGGGCCAGACAAGCAGUGUUCGGCUAGUCAGGUCAGCGGCCCAGCUGUGUCAGAAACUAAUUCUGGCAACGUGUAUCUGCCAGCCAUAGAUUACCUCACUGUGGAGGAGUUUGAGGGGGCUCCCAAAUACAUGAAAGGGCGAUUAGUUUAUGAUCAGGUGAACAAGUUGAUUGAUGCCAUGAACGCUGGCUUUAAAGCAAAGUACAAGCUGCUGAAAAUGAAGAAAUCUACCCUGAACGAUUACAACAGGAAGUUGUAUGAGACAUAUAAAUCUCAGGGAAACAAGGAAACUGAAGGCCUGUACUUCAUAGUGGAUGAGGACAUAAAGACACAUGGGAAGACAACCAUGGACAAGACAGCACAGAACAUCAUGGGCAUACUGAGGCACUGUGGCCGUGUUAAGGAGGUCAGGGGAGGCAAACUGACACGAUAUGCCUACAUUGACCGAUACUGAACGGAAAGGCAUAGGCGGAACGGGAUAGCAACUGAUUUGUAAUAAAAUUAACUCGAUGUUGGGUGAGGGGGAUAUGAUUUUAUGUUAAACAAAACAGUGGGGAACAUAAUAACAUGGACAGAUUUUUAAUUGAAUUAAAAGUGAGGUGGUGUGUUCUUACAAGAUAUGCCCCAUUGACACAGAUUUGAACAGGGGGUUGUGUUACAUGAUACAUUUGCAUGAAUUCUGUUCUCCCAAACUGGAUAGGGGACUUCAGAAUGUGUAUAUUUACAGAUACUUUCAUGAAACAACAGGUACUUAAUCAUAUUCUGAAUUUCUGAGAUAGAAAAGUGAGACAUUAUCUUCAAUGCUCUCAUAUUUAUGUAAUUUGCAUAUUGAUGAUUUGUGUUAAAUGUGAAUAAACUAAGCUGAAUACCAAUA